GUGACUUGCAUUCUGCAUAUGCACAGUACCCGUAAAUUGCCGCACCCCUUCACUCGAUACAGACCUUGGAAAGGGCGAAUGUCAGAGUCGCGACCGGCGAAGGUUGAUGAGCGAUAGUGAUUAUUCUAUACUCGAUCUUUAUAGCUCAGGCCCAGACGAAGCCGUCACCAGCGGACAAAACAGCCCCUUCGUAUUGCUGCAAGCCGCCGGAGCCCCCUCCGCAGCAGGUAUCACAGCGGCAAGCACAGCGGCAGGUGUAAGCCGCAAUAGCACCGGCUUCGUAGCACAGCGGUGGCACCCGUGUCCGGAGCAGCCUGACGCUUGCACACCAGGGGGCGAGGACAGCACGGGCGCCUCGUCCUGCUCUGACUCAGACGCAAGGCGGGCCGACAAUAUCCUGGAGAGCGCAGCACCUUCACCGGGGGGGGCGGCGGAGCCGCAGCCUGCCGCUGACCCGCUCCUCGCGGACCUGGACCGCUAUGACCUUGGCGUGGAUGGAGCCGCCGGAGCCGGAGGCGCCUACGACCUGUCAGGCCUCGGGCUUGGCGGGGAGGGCGAGGAGGGCGAGGAUGACGACGGCGACGAGGGCAUGGGGCUGCUGGCGGGUUUGGAUCCAGACACGCUGUCCUCUAUCCCACCGGCGCUGUUGCAGCGGCUGCAGCAGCUGGAAGAGGAGCGCGAUGAGCUGGCGGGGCGGCUACUGGAGUCGGACGCGGAGCUGUCCUCGCUGCGCUCCAACUACCAACAGCUGUCGCAGACGCACGCCAGCAACCAGACCUGGCUCAACCAGCUGAUGGCGCAGCAGAUGGAAAACCUGGAGCGCCGCCAGCGCCGCAAGCGCGCCCUGGCAGCGAUGGCCGCUGCCCGCGCCGCGGGCGCGGCAGCCGGCGGCGCCGCAGCAGGCGCCAGCCUCGGCCAGCCGCAAGUGGUGUCGCUAGCGCCCAUCAUGUCAGGGCUGCUGGAUAGCACGGUGUUGGAGACGGGAGACUUUGACUUCACGGGGGAGGUGGAUUCGGUGCUGCUGGACCAGGAGGAGCUGGCGGCGGUGGCGGCCACUGCAGCGGCGGCAGGGGUUGGCGGCAGCGCGGGCGCAGCAGCCGGUGAGGCGGGCAGCCUGGGCGCGUCGCCGCUCAAGGCGCCGCCUUUGGCGACGAAGCUGGCGGCGGCGGCAGGCGCGGGUGCGGACAAGGGCACCGCGGCGCCGGUGGACGUGAUGGCGUUGGCUGCGGCGGAAGCGGUGUCACCUCCGGGCAGGUCAAAAGCGGGGAAAGCGCUCGAGCACCCUCGGGAGCUUGCCGCCAAGCCUGCGCCGGCUGCUGCCGCUACCGACAGCUCCGCCGCUGCCACUCAGGCCGCAGGUGAACAGAAGCAGGAGAAGGGUGGCAAGCAGAAGGAGGACGGCCGCAAGGAUAAUAAGGCACCGACAGCCACGGAAGCCCAAGCAAAGGAGUCGGCGACACCGGCGGCAGCCGCAGCAGGAGAAGCAAGUGCUGGGGCAUCUCCGCCUGUCUCCAAGACGGAAGUUGCGUCAUCUCAAGCACCGGCCGUGGAGGACCGGAACGGGGACGCGGCACCAAAGGGCAAGUCUGAAGCAGCUGCAACGCGGACAUCUAAAAUUGCGACUGGUGAGGCAGAGCCGGCCCGCUCGGCAUCUGUGAAGGAGGCGGAGCCGGUGGCGAGGGCUCCGGUCGUUGGGAAGACCGACAGCAGGGCUGUCUCACAAGGCGGCGUAGGGUUGGAUACGGGUGCGGACACAGCUGGCGCAGCAGCCGCGAAAGACGACGCCCCUUCUGCGGCGCCUGCUGCCGCCGCGGCUGCGACGGCGAAACCCAAAGCGAAAGAGGCAAGCACGGAGGCGGCAAACGCUCCGCGUGCCGUUGCCAAAGCCGCUGCCAUCAAGACAGCAACCGGCGGCGGCCGUAAAGGCGGCAGCGCUACGCUCGUGUUUGCGUUGCUGGUGGUAGUGGCGCUGGCGGCAGGCGGCGUAUACGUGUUCCUUGGCGGCAGGCUCAGCCCGACGUCGGGCCUGUCGGCCGCCCCUGCGGCGGUAAAGGUGGACUCCAUAGGCGACGUAACAGACGCGGUAGAGCGAGCGGUGCUAGCAGAUGCCACGGCGGCGCCAGCAGCAGUGCACACAGCUUCCGAGGCACCGCCGGCACCAGCUCCUCCACCACCACCUCCCGACACCUCCGAAUCGGCCCCCAAAAAGCAUUCCGAGCCGCCCGCUGUUGCGCCGGAGCCCGCUGCCGACGAUCCCGCUACCAAUGGCGCUGGCGCGGCCGAAAGCACCUCGGACGCUGCUGGUCUCAUGCCAGAGGCCGCCGUCAAGGCAGAUCACAUGGGCUUUGUCGACGUCUACGACAGUGACGAUGAGUAUGAAGACUCCGAUGAUGACAGGGACGAAGCAGCAGCAGCAGCAGCAGCUGUGGCGGCUGCCGCCGCGGCCCUCGACGCCGGCGAGAACGUUCGUUUUGCGACGCUUGUGAGCGCGCCUGCUGCAUUCACCCCGGGCCAGUACUGGUGCGCGGAUGGGGCUUGGUGCGAGGCGGAUGCGGCCGGUGGGGGUAACGAAGUCAGCGCUUCCGGCCGCGCCCGCGCGAUGCCGGCGCCGUCACCAGUGUGGGAGCUCUUGCGUGCCGGCCUGGCAGAGGUGGCGGAGGCCGCAGGCCAGCCGGGAGCGGCGGUGGCGCUGCCCCAGCCGUCGUGUGAGUCGCUGCGCGCGCUAGCCACCUCGCUUUCCGCCACCGACGCCGAGCUUGCCAGCGCCGGCAAACAGCCGGCGGCGGCUGCCGCCUGCACUGCGGGCAGCGGGCGCAGUGGCGCGGGCGAGUGCCGCCUGCCGCCCUCCAAGACCGCGGGGUCGCCGUACCCUGUGGAUGCCCGGGCAGAGGUGGUGAAGCUGGGCAUGGGGGAGCUGGAGAAGCGCUGGCGGCAGCUGCAGCGCACGCUGGAGCGGCUGGCUGGGGAGGGCGACGCCAGGGAGGGCUCCGCCGCAGCGCAGCCACCCGUGGACCCGGCCGUUCAGGCCGUGGCCUCGUGGGCUCUGAGCCACCUGCUCCCGGCAGUGGCGCCCAUGGUGCGGUCGGUCGUGGACGACGACGAGUUGCCGGAGAGCCUCAAGCGGGCCCACAAGGCGGCGUCCGAUGUGGCGCGGGUGUGUAGCGAGAGUGGCCCCCAGCUCAGCGCCGCUGCCCUCGGCCGCCUCGAGGCCCAGCUCAACGACAUGACCAACAUCGCGCUGGUGCACGUGGACGGCGGCGGCGCGGCGGCGGUAGAGGCGCGGCUGGACGACGCCGCGCGCUGCCUGGCCUGGAUAGCGCCGCGCGCCGAGGCGGAGGCGUGCAGGCUGCGCUGCAGCCCCAGGGGCCGGCUGGUGGGUGCGUUGGGCCGGCUGGGCAUCCCGCGCGCCCUGCUUGACGGCGCGUUGACGCUGGGCCGCAGCGGCCUGGACGAGCGUGACGGCGUGUGGCGGCAAGAGCAGCCGCCGGGCGAGGAGGCCUCCGCUGAGGAGGUGGAGGCGUGGCUGCGCUCAACGCAGCACCUGGCGGACUGGGUGGAGGCUGCGCUGGCAGCCAAGGAGGGCGGCAGCGGGGCAGGUGGUGAAGCUGGAAUUGGCAAUGCAGGCGGCGGCGUGUGGCAGCCGCUGCUGUCCGCGAUUGGCGCGGCCCUGCACGAGGGCGCCGCCGCCGCGAGCGAGGCGGUGCGGGCGGUGGCGGAGGCGGGCGACUGGCGGCGGCUGCAGCUCGCGCUGGCGUUGGAGGCCGAGGGGGCGCAGCGGUUGCCCGGGUACGUGGUUGAAGCGGCGGCGCAGGCAGCGCAACAGGCACUCGCGACCCAGGAGCUACUCCCCGAAUGCGGGGGUUGCGAGUCGUUGGUACAGGGUGAUGGGAUGGGUGCGGAUGAUGCCGGGGCGCCAGGGCCUGCAUGUAGGGCGGGCCUGAGGUCGCUGGGCGUGGAGAUGCGGGCGGUGCAGGCGACAGCUGGCGGCGGCGCAGCGGCCGCUGUCCAGGGGUUGGCGGCGGCGGUGCGGCGCAUCCGCGCUGAUGUGUUGGACCUGGCGGCGGCGGUUGCGGUGGUCCGAGAGCGGUGCCUAGUGGCAGCUGAAGGCGUGCUCAAGUACCGCCAGGCUGGCGUGGCGUGACCUGACGUGACUAAGCGUGCCGGGAUUGUGUGAUGAGCCGUGACGUGUACGGGUUAGCUCCACACCCCAGGGCACGUCGUCGACUCUCGAUGUUUUGUAGGCUAGCAUGCUCGGACGUAAAUGCUGUAAUGAUGUUGAUGUCGACUUGAGGCGCGGCUAGGUUCUCACCUGGUGGCUUCGUUCGGAGUUGCAGGCACGGGGAGACUGCAGGGCGAGCACGGUGUUGAGGGACGUACUACAAGGACAUUUGUUUGCGAUGGAGAAGACGCUAUAGCAGCUAUGUGUCAUGCGAAACCCGAUGAUCGAGUGCGCAAUGCGGGACGAAACCAUGAUCGACGGAAGGGAAUUUUGCCCCGCAGCUAUACUUCCUGUGCUGUGUGACAUAUCUGGCACCAAGUUGUCUCGUUCUUCAGCGGACUAAAGCAUUGCGCGAGGCUGGUCAAGCACAGGCUACGGUGUCCCGCUUCCGCUUAC